AUGUCUUACAACAAGGCCGAAAAGGAUAUUGGCGAGGCCCCCAUGCAUUUCCUCGUACAACAAGACAAUUUGCUGACGUGGGCUUUUCUUCUUUUCCGCAAUGUACAGAAGGCCCACAAGAUCCGCAUCACCCUCACCUCUCGCAAGGUCAAUGUCCUCGAGAAGGUGUGCAGCGAGAUCCUCGACCGUGCUAAGAGCAAGGACCUGCGCGUCAAGGGCCCCGUCCGCCUGCCCACGCAGACCCUGAAGAUCACCACCCGCAAGACUCCCUGCGGUGAGGGUUCCAAGACCUGGGACUCGUACGAGAUGCGCAUCCACAAGCGUCUCAUUGAUAUGCGUGUUCUUUUUGCUGACGAUUUCUUUUUUCCUUUCAUUUUCAACAGUCUUCACGCCCCUACCGAGGUUGUCAAGCAAAUCAUUGUCAACAUCGAUGCCGGCGUCGAGGUCGAGGUCACCAUUGCUGCUUAA